UUAAUAAUUGAAUUUAUAGAAUUUUCUCUGUAAAAAAAUAAAUUCUGCAGAAUCAGCCCAUUUUUCCUUCUUCUUCCCAAAGGCCACAAAUUUCAAGGAAAUUUAUCCUUUUAUGCCUUUGGGUUUUGUUCUUUUCAAACACCCUGUAUAUAUUGAUCGAUUAUAAUUCAAGAUUCUCAUGUUUUUCUCAUCUUCAUAUUCAUAGAAAUAGUAUUUAUUAAAAAAGAUUGAAUUUUUUGAUUACCCAUUUUGUUAGAAAUUUUUGUUGGUUUUAUGAUGGGGUAUGUUGGUGAUACACAAAAGGUUGAUAAAGGAGGGUGUUUUAUUGGGGGUAUGAAAAGUCUUGUAAGAAGGAAACAAGUUGAUUCUGCAAAUUCAAAAUCUUCUGGUGGUGCUGGUUCUUCUCAUCAAUUAGCUAAGGCCUUAACUAUUCCUCAUCUUAUCUCUAUAGGGGUUGGUUCAACAAUUGGCGCUGGGGUUUAUAUUCUAGUUGGUACAGUUGCUAGAGAGCACUCAGGUCCGGCCCUCACCAUUUCCUUUUUAAUAGCUGGAAUAGCAGCUGCUCUUUCUGCCUUUUGCUAUGCGGAGCUCGCAAGUCGCUGUCCAUCAGCUGGGAGUGCCUAUCAUUAUUCUUACAUUUGUGUUGGAGAGGGUGUUGCUUGGCUGAUCGGUUGGGCAUUAGUAUUGGAGUACACAAUUGGAGGUUCUGCAGUUGCUCGAGGCAUAUCUCCAAACCUGGCCAUGCUUUUUGGAGGUCCAGACAGCCUGCCUGUUUUCUUAGCUCGUCACACAAUCCCAGGACUGAAUCUUACGGUGGACCCGUGUGCAGCAAUUUUGGUUUUUGUUGUCACCGGGCUUUUGUGCGUGGGGAUUAAGGAGAGUACCAUGGUACAAGGAUUUGUCACUUCAGUAAAUGUAUGUGUCAUGGCUUUUGUAAUUAUUGUUGGUGGUUAUCUGGGCUUCAAAUCAGGAUGGCCAGGCUAUGAGCUUCCUGUUGGGUAUUUUCCCUACGGAGUUGAUGGAAUGCUUGCUGGCGCUUCAACUGUCUUCUUUGCCUUCAUUGGGUUUGAUUCAGUUGCUAGUACAGCUGAGGAGGUGAAGAAUCCUCAACGUGACCUGCCAAUGGGAAUUGGUUUUGCAUUAUCGAUAUGCUGCUCUCUCUACAUGUUAGUCUCUGCAGUUAUUGUUGGUUUAGUACCCUAUUAUGCUAUGGAUCCAGAUACACCAAUCUCUUCCGCAUUUGCAAGACAUGGAAUUAAUUGGGCAGCAUAUAUAAUAACUAUCGGAGCUUGUACUUCUCUUUGCUCAACAUUAAUGGGUUCGAUAUUGCCUCAGCCACGGAUACUUAUGGCAAUGGCUCGGGACGGAUUGCUUCCUUCAUUUUUCUCAGAUGUUAAUAAGCGCACUCAAGUUCCUGUUAAGGGCACUGUGGCAACUGGUUUACUUUCUGGAACCUUAGCAUUUUUCAUGAACGUUGAACAGUUGUCAGGAAUGGUUAGUGUUGGUACGCUUCUCGCGUUUACAAUGGUGGCUAUUUCGGUAUUGAUUCUCCGAUACGUUCCACCAGACGAGGUCCCACUUCCAUCCUCUUUUCAGGAGGCAAUAGACUCAGUAGGCCUGCGACGUAGUGGCUGUAGUAGUAGUAGUAGUUCAGACAUUGAUGUCGAGAGCACCAAAGGUCCAGCUGUGACUGCUGGCGAUAGCACUCCAUUGUUAGUCGAGAUUUCAGUUGGGCGCCCUCUUGUGGAAAAAGCAGCUGCAAAGAUGAGCUAUCUAGUUCGUCAAAGGCGGAAAGUUGCUGGCUGGACAAUUAUGCUUACCUGUAUUGGAGUAUUCAUCCUUACAUCAGCUGCUUCAGUUGUUAGCUUAUCUAAUCCUGCAAGGUACGCACUGUCUGGAUUUGGCGGGUUGCUCCUUUUAUCUGGUCUGGUAGUGCUCACUUGCAUAGACCAGGAUGAUGCGAGGCACACCUUUGGACACACAGGAGGUUUCACUUGUCCGUUCGUUCCACUUCUGCCUAUUGCCUGUAUUCUCAUCAAUGUCUACUUAUUAAUUAAUCUUGGCGGUGCAACUUGGGCCCGUGUAUCAAUAUGGCUAGUAAUAGGGGUGUGCAUAUACGUGUUGUAUGGUCGAACCCACAGUUCACUAAAGAGUGCAGUUUAUGUUCCUGCAACUCACGUGGAUGAAAUUUACGAGACAUCUGCAAACUCCCUUGCGUAAUAAACCUGUACGUCCUGGGCAAACGGAAAACCUUCUUUUCAGUUGCACAACCACAAGCAGCACAAAGGUUUCAAGAAGAAGCUGCUGCAUAUUUUGGUUUGCUGAAAAGCACCUUUGUUCCUGUAUUUUGUGCCACUGUAAUUUUCUUGUGUAGUUUUACUGCUGAAAGAGGAAAAAGAGAAGGGAACAAGAAAAAUAAGAGCUAGAAUUAUAUAUUGAUGCCAAUCACAUGAUUUGUAAUCAGCAGCUGCCAGUUGAUUCUUUGAACCUCUUUAUUUGUACAUAUUUGUGGUGAUACUUAAGGGAUUGUGAUCCUGGCGAUUGGGGACUUGUGGAAAGUGUAAAUAUGUGAAAUGUAAAUUUACAACCUCUUGGAAUUCCUUAAUGAGUACUGGUAUUUCUUCA